CGCCAUUUUGUUUAGGUAGCGAACCUGAACUCGUGGCCUCGGUAAGUUCGGUUGAAAAACAGCCAAUAUUGAUAAGAUGGACGAAAAACCGAUACGAAUGGAAUGCCCUAGCCUUCCCAAUGGCUGGCAGCGUGAAAUUGUGAUGAGAAAGUCUGGAUUAUCUGCCGGAAGAAGCGACGUUUAUUAUUACAGGUAUGGUUUUAUGAUCGAUUUUACAACCCUCUAAAUGGUAUCAAGCUAGGGUGGAUCGUUUUCCUUUAAAUUCUGAUUCAGAUUGUUUGGUUUUAUUUGUCUUUUUCGUUGUUGUUGGAAAUCGUCAUGCCUUCUGAAUUGUCGAUGUUUCGCAUUUUUGGUCUCGUUAACUUUGAGGGACUUUUCGGCGGUUANUAUUACAGGUAUGGUUUUAUGAUCGAUUUUACAACCCUCUAAAUGGUAUCAAGCUAGGGUGGAUCGUUUUCCUUUAAAUUCUGAUUCAGAUUGUUUGGUUUUAUUUGUCUUUUUCGUUGUUGUUGGAAAUCGUCAUGCCUUCUGAAUUGUCGAUGUUUCGCAUUUUUGGUCUCGUUAACUUUGAGGGACUUUUCGGCGGUUACUCAAUCUACUAAGGGACUUUCCAUUGUUUGAAUAGUAGUAUCCAGGACGCGUUUGUUCGCUUAAUGAUCACCGGGAUUAUUUUAAUCCCACGUUAUUUGUAGGAGAAGGAGACUUUCCAUUAGAUGUGCCCAGUUAGUGCCCUUCUAAACAAGUUCCCACACAUGUCAGGCUCAUCUGUGAUCUUGAGAUUCCCCUUUUAAACAUUAUUUGCAUAAUUAACCAAAAAAAGUUGAAGGUACCUGUACGAAGUGUUUGAUACCAGUGGGAGAAGCUACAGAAUACAGGGCCAUAUCUUAAGGUCUUAAACAGAAGUGGCUCGAAGGGUUGCUAGUCAUGACGAGUGUUUAAAGAACAAAAAGACGUAACACAUGAUAAAGUAAAAGACCGGUGUGCAACAAACGUAGACAGCAAUUUCACAACAUUGUUGUGAAAUGUUUUUACAGAUUCCCUAUCCCUAAAGUUUAAGUCUUCUAAAAGUCUAUUUAGGGAUAGGGAAUCUGUUAGAGCAUUUCACAACAAUGUUUACCUUAUUUACCUGCCAGUCUGCAAGUCUGCAGUCUGCAUUUGUCGCACACCAGUAAAAGACAGACAUAAAGAAAGACAUACACCUAUUUCAAUUAAGGUUGCUUCUGAGAAGAAUAAUGCCUGAUCCAUGUUUCUUAGUCCGCGGUGCCUUAUUGUAAUUAGAAACUUUAAGAUCCAACAACGCGACGGCGACAAGAACGUCGCUUAAAAAGUGAAUUUGCGGUCUUUCAGUCUUAAUAGUGAUCCUACCCACUUACUUUGCAAAUUGUAGGCGAACCCUCCUGAAGCUGAAUUUCAAGGGACCAUAUUCAAGCUCAGAAAGAGAAAUAAAAUUUUGUCGUUGCUUGUUUACGUCCUCCAGAAAACGCAAAUUAGGCGUUUUCACAUCAUAGUUGUGCAAAAACGGGAAAGAAAUGUACAAAAAAGUGUGAUGCACGUGCCAAGUUGUUGUUUUGCUGAUUAAACCUAUAGUUUUUCUGACGUUCUCGUUGUUGUCCUCGUCAUUGGAUCUUAAAGUCCCUAUAUGUGCCCGCAACGAGCCUAGAAAGCAAACGCUGCAAACGCUUCUAUGCUAUGUCAGCAGAACGUUAAGACAAUGUAUUUCAAAACACUGAAUCCUAGGCUUUUUAAUUUAAGACAGUGAUUUGAGGUAAGGUUUUUCUCUGUGGUAAUAUGCUGCAAAUUUUCAACGAGUUUGCUUCGCUCGUGCACGUGGGAAUUUUGGAUAGAGUUUAAAAAAAAUCAAAUUCAAGGCGUUUGUCGAACAACAAUAAAUAACUUAACAUUACGUGUUGAUUUAUUUUUGAGGCAAUUUUUUAAAACUGAAUAAGAAAAAGAAUAGCGUUGAUUUGCUUUAUUAAAAUAACCAGCAUUCUGGCCCAUGCAAAAACGCAGCUUAAUCAGGUGGUAGAACCCUAUUCAUUUAAUGUUGUUAGAAGAAGAGGCUUCUAAUUGUUUACUUUGAGAUUUUUAAAAAUGAAAUUUUUCAGCUUGCUCAUGCUUCAGAAUUUUAGCAGCCAUUUGACUUGAAAGCUGUCUUGAACACCUUUUCACAAAUGGUCACCAUUAUUUCAAUGAACGUGAACAAGAUUAAACUUCCCGCUACAAAAGGGUUUAUCAUAGUACACUGCAGGCUAUGAAACGUGGUUCACGGGAGCAACCUUAACGGGAAUAGGUGUAUACAUAUGAGUUUGGCAAGUUUUAAAGAACAAGUAUAUAGUUAGUGGCUCAAUGGCUCAUCAGUCGAUGUGAGUGUCUCUGUCAAAGAAUAAGAAAAGUAUAUAAUUUAGUGGCUCAGCAGCUAAGCGGCUUGUCAGUCAAGGUUACUGUCUUACUCAAGAAAGGUAUAUGUUUUGAUGGCUUGGUGGCUUAUCAGUGACUGCCGAGCCACCAAGCCACCAGAACAAAUAUAUACCGAGAAAAUUUGCCCUGUAUUCUGUAGUUAUGCCCGCCACUGGAAAGGUGGUGUAUUCUAGUGAUUUUGCUGCAUAGCAGGUAAUCCAUUUUUCUGCAAUUAAUUUUUGUAUAGAAACUGGGAUACUUUUAAAUCAAACUCUUGCAUCAACUUAAGGCCCUUGAGAUAGAAAAUAAGUACCAUGUAAGCAUGAAAUUUCACUGAUUUGAAACCAGCAUACCCAAAUAGCUUUGACUAUUGCUGCGAGUGUUGCAAUAGUAACAACAUUAUCAUGUUAUAUCUGAGACCAGACAACCUUUCCAUGGCCAAACAAUUUUGAUUAUUAUAACUGAUACCAGACAACCUCUCCAUGGCCAAACAAUUUUGAUAAUCUAAAACUUGAGAAAAAUUAAAAGUCAUGACAUAAUUAUCAUCGUGAAGUAGACAAUGAGGAGAGGAAUGCCUGUUAGCCAGCAAAGAAGCUAACAGAAAUAUGAAAUGUGAGGCCGUUGAAAAUUUUUAAGAUUUUUGGAGAAACCAAGGACUCUUGUCUUUUUUAAUAAGUGGCAAUCCUUAAGAAACAUGUAACUACAUGUACAAUAAGUCCAAACCCUGUUUUUUUCUCAAUACAUUAGGCAAAUUGAUUAUUAUCAAGAAAUAAAAAAUAAAUUGUUUCUUUAAUAAUUUUACUAGCAAACAACAACAACAACUGUCAAAAAAGGAAAGAAGCACAAGAACACAUAAAAAGUUCGUAAUUCUGUAAAAAUGUUUAGUUUCUUUUAAUCUCUCAAAACAACUCAGGUGAAAAAGUAGUUGGACAUGGCUAACACUGGGAAAUGGAUACUUCUCUUCAAUUUUGAACUGGAAAACUUUCGCUGCAAAUUCUUCUUUAAGUUGCAAUCUCAAUGUCAGUGACAUGAUGGGGUUAGGGUAACGUACCAAGUGUUAUGGUUUUAGGCUAGAUAAUAAACCAAGUUUUUGAAGAUUGGUUUGAAAAGGGUAUAUCCAAAGUAAAGUACCUCCAAACAAGAAANCUGUAUUCUGUAGUUAUGCCCGCCACUGGAAAGGUGGUGUAUUCUAGUGAUUUGGCUGCAUAGCAGGUAAUCCAUUUUACUGCAAUUAAUUUUUGUAUAGAAACUGGGAUACUUUUAAAUCAAACUCUUGCAUCAACUUAAGGCCCUUGAGAUAGAAAAUAAGUACCAUGUAAGCAUGAAAUUUCACUGAUUUGAAACCAGCAUACCCAAAUAGCUUUGACUAUUGCUGCGAGUGUUGCAAUAGUAACAACAUUAUCAUAUUAUAUCUGAGACCAGACAACCUUUCCAUGGCCAAACAAUUUUGAUUAUUAUAACUGAUACCAGACAACCUCUCCAUGGCCAAACAAUUUUGAUAAUCUAAAACUUGAGAAAAAUUAAAAUUCAUGACAUAAUUAUCAUUGUGAAGUAGACAAUGAGGAGAGGAAUGUCUGUUACCCAGCAAAGAAGCUAACAAAAUAUGAAAUGUGAGGCCGUUGAAAAUUUUUAAGAUUUUUGGAGAAACCAAGGACUCUUGUCUUUUUUAAUAAGUGGCAGUCCCUAAGAAACAUGUAACUACAUGUACAAUAAGUCCAAACCCUGUUUUUUUUCUCAAUACAUUAGGCAAAUUGAUUAUUAUCAAGAAAUAAAAAAUAAAUUGUUUCUUUAAUAAUUUUACUAGCAAACAACAACAACAACUGUCAAAAAAGGAAAGAAGCACAAGAACACAUAAAAAGUUCGUAAUUCUGUAAAAAUGUUUAGUUUCUUUUAAUCUCUCAAAACAACUCAGGUGAAAAAGUAGUUGGACAUGGCUAACACUGGGAAAUGGAUACUUCUCUUCAAUUUUGAACUGGAAAACUUUCGCUGCAAAUUCUUCUUUAAGUUGCAAUCUCAAUGUCAGUGACAUGAUGGGGUUAGGGUAACGUACCAAGUGUUAUGGUUUUAGGCUAGAUAAUAAACCAAGUUUUUGAAGAUUGGUUUGAAAAGGGUAUAUCCAAAGUAAAGUACCUCCAAACAAGAAACAACAAAUUUGUGACUCUCAAUGAUUUUGCCCCCAAAUGUGAUGUUAUGUUAUGCUUCAUUAGGUUUAUUUUUAACAAUUAAUGAAUGAGGCUGAUUAUCUUAUGAAGAAUUAUGGAGAUUGAGGAGGGUGUUAUCCUGUUAUCCUGAGGCAGAUAGCACCCUCCGAGAUCUCCAUAAUUCUUCAUAUUUAUACGAAAGCCGAAUUCAAUAAUUGUUUUAUUAUUCAUUCAAAAUAAUUCAUAGUUUAAAAACAUGGCUAAACAUGCUUACCUCCAUCGACCCAUCGGUGUUAAGCUCAUCUUCGAUAGUGGACGUUUAGGGUUGUUCAGCUCCGCAAAUAUUCUCCAAAUAGCAGAUGUCCCCCUUCGAGUUGUCUUCUUGCUGUUCUUGCCAUGUUUUUAGUUACUUUUUCGCCUAGUUCUUACUCUUGAAACGAGUGAAAUGUCCACCAUUUUUCAAGUUCAGAACGAAAACAACUCAACCUCGUCCCCAGGUCUUCUCUGUUAAGGGUGCAUUAACCUGUAGAAGGCUGCAUUUUUGACAUCAUUUUCUCGUGAAACACAAAAUUCUUCCAAAUUGGGUCAUCAGUAACUGGUUAUGGUGAAUUAUGCGGGUGCUUUUAGCCAAUCAGAAUUGGGGAAAUAUUUUGAAUGAAUAAUAACAGCUGUUAAAUACCUUUGCCAAAUUUUACCAAAUCUGGCAGGUGAGGCAAGAGACUACAACUUUGAAACAUUACAUGUAUGUGACAAAAAUAUUGUAAAACUGAUCAGAGCCGAAAGUUUAACCUCAUGUAACAGCCAAAGUAAAUGCUUUCAGGACUGUUAAUACUUAAGAGAGAAAAAAAGCUUAAAUUGGGAACUUGCCUACAUGUAUCACAUGGCACUUUGAUGCCCAAGGAGCACAAGACUAAUCAAGUUUUAGUUUUAACUUUUACAUAGACUCAAACCAAAUAACGAUAACUUACUUAAAAUUGGAAGAAAAUGGCAACUUUACUUUUUGCUGCAAUUCCUUAGAGACGUCAAUAGUCAUCUUUUUUUGGUCAUACCAUGUUACGUCCUCCUUUUGGAAAAGCAUGACUGAUUGCAUGGCUCAAAGAUUACAACUAACUGGUUGCAUAUGCGACUGGAUUUUUGGUUGUGCACCUAAAAAUUCAUAUGUAAUUGCACUUGUGCACCACAAAACCCAAAGCACAGUGCGACUGACUUGCUUCCCACCAUACUUACGUGCUCGAACUAAAAAGACGUUAAACAGUAGCUUCAAGCAAAUUAUGAAAGAAAAAGUAGUGUAGAAAUAGCACAACGAGGCUCUAAAUAAUAAGUUACAUUGUUUUUCUUUCAUCUGUGUUUGUUUAAUUCGUCUUUUCUCCCAACGGAUUCCAUGGACCCAAAUUUUCAUUUUCGUUUUGAUGUUCUACUCCAUCCCAUACUCUUCUGUUUUGUAAUAAACGCUGCUGACAAAUUUAAAUAUGCUACGAACAAAACACAUGCUUUUUGCGAAUAGGCGAUCGUGUCGAGCGUUCAGUUUUAAGGUCAAUCAAAACAAAAAAAACAGUGCAGAUUAAGGGCCUUUUUUUUCCAUGUAAGAAAGUUUUUAAGCCAUAUCCCAGUUACAUGUAAGUCAUUGAGCAUUUUUAAACAAAUUCAUCAAAGAUUAAUUUUCAUUCUCAUUUGACACACUCAUUGUUGUCAGUUUUGAAUUUUUUUUUGAAGUGUAUGUUUUCUUUAGUCACAACUGUACUGUCAAAAAGAGAAAUUAGUAUUAAAAAUCACAGAGGGUAUUACUUCUUAGCAAAUCGGCUGUGUUUUAUCAAUCACGAGACUGAAAUAAAGGUAACAAACUGAAUAUGACAUAUAAACGUGGCACUAUUAAGUUUUUUACUUUUUCUUUUGAAAAAGAUGCUCCCAAUAUUAUAAACUGUGCUCUACAAUUUUCAGCUGUCUGCCUAAAAUUUCGGCAGUGCACGUAAAAAUUUACAUCUGGUAGUACAAGUGUUGCCAAGCUCAAAUUUAAACUCUGAGCCCUGGAUUGACUUCAAAACUCUCUUCCAAUACUCUUCAAAUACAACUUGUUUAACAAAACUGCAUUUGGGCGUGAGGUCAGAAUCUCAUUCAUCAAAAUACUUGCUUCAGUUGUUAAAGUACUGUCUCCUGCUAGUACAGUUCCAUAUUUGGCAAGCAAGUAAUUAACAUACCAUCUUCUAUACAUGUUCCUAACCAUAUAAAAUCAAGAUCUACAAACUUGGGCAACACCAAAAAAUAGAACUUCCUUGCAGAUACUUUUUAAUAGUUUUAACUUGUUUUUCCCUUCCCUUGACUGAAAAAUACUGGAAAUUUGUUUAAUUUUUUGUACAUUCAUUAUAUGGAAUUACAUUUAAUAAAUAAAUUAAUUAAUUAAUUUCAAACAACAGGGUUGUUUAUCUUAUCAGCAGGAAAUUUUUUAAAAAAGUUAUUGGGUUAAUGAACGGAAAUUUUGUUAUUCCAUUUUCCAUCACUAUUGCUAAACAAUAUUGCUGUUUAAAUUUUCUUAGUUUCCUAAACCUUCAGAAAGCGAAAAUUGAACUUUUUUCAUUUUCCCGAGAAAAUGAAAAUUAAGGAUAGACAUUGAAUUUCAGUUUUCAUUUUCUGUUGUUAACAAAACUCACAAAGAGAUAUUUUUGGAAAUGUUAAUGCAUACUUUUGGUGCACGUUCAUAAAGUUUUUAGGUACGUUUACCCCACCAACAUGCAAUUAUUACUGAUAAGCAAAUUAUACCCUUUUUACAGGAAACCCUUAGAUUACAAACAACAAAUCAUAUGAGCUAAACUUUUCUUUCAUAAUUAUAUGAGUGUCAGACAUUAUUGCCUGGGUUUGCGGUAAACCUAAUUUUCCAAACAAAUCUGUUCCUAAAAUGAACACUUAAGAAUGAUGAGGUGUUAUAACAGGGUGUGGAGGAGGGGUCCUGAUCCCGCAUUCCCGCUCUUUACUCACGAAAAUCCCGCAUUUCGCACUUUUUUUCAUCGCUUUCCCGAAACCCGUUUUUUUGUGUUCAAAAUAUGUACGUUAAUUAAAAAAACUAAUUGAUUGAUAUUUUGAAUUUACGAGUGUUUUACGGCCAUUGCAUAAAAGGGAAAUAACUUUUCAUACCUCAGUUUGACCAACCGGAGGGGAAAAGGAGGAAGAAACGAAGAGGAGGAGAGAGGAGGGCGGGUUUCUUCCCCCCUUCUCUCUCAACCCCCACCCCCACGAUGUUUUUUCUUGCUCCCUUUUCUUUGCGCUGCCCCCACAACUGAACGCCUGAAACGUGAAAUUCUGGCGCUAGAGAACUCUUUGUGGCCUCAAGAAACGACACCAAAACUCUUGACUGUCUUAUUCACAAGAGCAGAGCUAGGAUCACUGUUCUGUUUGCAAUAUCUUAAGUUUAAUGGAUCAAAGUAUCUCUUCAACUUAUACAAUAAAUGUGAAGAGCUUGAGCAAUUGAAGACAUAAGCACUAGGUCAUUAAAAACCAUGUGUACUUUUCUGGCAUCCGCUUGAAACUGUAAGUCUUUUAUCCGCUCGUCCGUUGAUUACUUGAUAGUUUCGAUUAUGUAAUCAUUACCUACGUCACUCUUUUUCAUAGCCAGGAGAACGCUCGCCUGUUCGACUUCGCAUUUGCCGCUAGAACGUACGACUUCCCGAAUUUCCGACAGACGGGCAAACAAAAUCGCGCACCCCGUGCCCAAAUUUUGGUGAAUCCCGGUAACAGUCAAAUCCCGUUUCCCGUCAAGAUAUUUUGCGUUUUCCCGAAUCCCGCUCCGUAUUUUGUUCAAAUCCCGGAUCCCGAAAAUACCCUUCCAGAUCCUGUUUUAACAGUGAUUAAAUUUAACAUUAUAUCGGAGAAGGCCUGGCGUUAGUGCUGGCACAGGUACAGCAUAAUAUGACGUCUGAACUUGGAGGUGACUUAAGCAAGGUGUAGAGUCAGAUAAAAACAAACAAAGAAGAGAAAGAAGACGAGACAAAACCCGGCGAUGGUUCGAAUUCAUUAAUUAUUUCAUUUGUAAAAACUUUGACAACUGCUUUAGCCGUUUUCGUUUGAUAUGGAACGGUGCAUAUUUUCCAUCCUGGACCCAUUUAUCUUUUAGUUUAAGCAAUUAAGUAAGUUGGUAAACAACAAAUUCAGCAAAUAUAGAUCUUUCCAUAGGUACUCAAGUUUGCCAAUUUUGUUUAAACCUGACAGAGUUAAACACAGAAAACCUAGUAACAUUUUGAGGACAAGAUUAACUUGAUGUUUUGGACGGACGUAAUCACCAGAAUGACUUAGACACGGUAUAAUAUCCACACCACAAAACAACAGCUAACCAACAUAGUCUCCGCAACACCAAGAAACACCCCAAAAAGAGGAGUUGGUGAAAAACCAAUGCGGUUUAUCGACAUUCGCUGGUGUUCGCCAAAGGGUUACUAGUCUCUCACCCAGCCGUUUUUGCCUCGUCACGCAACGCUCCUUCCCAACAAACGGCUGCUAGUUACAUUCGAACCACAUUCCUUUCCUUAUUUUACUGUAAGUGGCGUAGUACAUUCAGCGAACAUAGAGAUAAGACCAUGCUUCGAGUGUUUUUUAACCGCCCACCUCAAAAAGUGGUCGCGGUCGUUUACGAGAGGAUCUAAUUAAUUCGCCCCUGGAAAUUUUGCCUUGCCUGCGUGGCAGGCGUUUGAAAGGGAAGGGAAAGGGAGUUUUAGGCAAGAGAGAAACGCGAGGGACGUUUCCCUCGCGCCCAAAACCCCCUUUCCCUUCUGUUUCAAACGCCUGCCACGCAGGCUAAAUUUUGCCGAAAAACGCGUUUUGAAGCUAGUCGAGCGGUUUUCUGGUCACUGUCGUGCUAUAAAUAGCUAUAACUUACCAUAAAGCCUUUUACAGGUCUUACACUUGUGCGGUCUUCUGAUCUAUUAGCUUGCGAAGUUCGGGCAUGCGCAGCAAGUGAACAUGAUCCUUGCAAUACAAUGAACAACCCAAGCGGUUGAAAACGUGAAAAAUACUGAUCAGGCUUCACUUUCACAUGUAUAAUUAUUCUGAUUAUUAUCUGGUAUUUUGUCCGUUUUCUUUAACUUGUAAUGUUUUUUUCUUAAACAGUCCAGAUGGAAAGAAAAUUCGCUCCAAACCUCAGCUGGAAAAACAUCUUCCAGACUUGGAUCUGGGCAACUUUGAUUUUCGAAGUGGUACUUAUUGCCGACGAAGCAAACGUAAGCAAGGUGACAAGGAUCAGAGUUUUUGGCGCGACUUAAAUGGAGGCAUCAUCCCAGCUCCGGUGCGUCAAUCCAACAAAUCACUGUCAACACAGAAAGUCACAUAUUAUCCUCCAUCUAUGGUGGUGGCAGGUCCAAAAGAGAAAAAGCGCAAACAUGAUAAUGCAGUGAAUACAAAAACUGACAAAGAUAAACCAAAACAGCUGUUUUGGGAAAAAAGACUACAAGGGAUCCAGGUUAGAUCGAUGGAUGAAAACGUGAUUAAAUGCUUUCAAUUGCCGAGCCAAAUAAAGAGUGUUGGGCCCAGUAUAAAUCAGAAGAGUUUAAUGCACUCGUUAGUGACAAAUUUAUACAACAAAGCAAGUGUCAAAGGGCAAGACAGGUCGGCAGUAGCCUUGGAGAAACAUCCUGAGGUGUGGCUUAAUGCUGAACAGCCUCUGUGCGCACCAUUUGUUAUUACGGAGGCAGAUAUUAAAAAACAAGAGGAAAAAGUAUCCACAUUGAGGAGGCAGUUAUCUGAGGCUCUUGUUGAAUACGAACAUUUGAAGAGAGACCUCCCGGUAAAGUAGGCGGAAUGCAUGUAUGCAACAUAAGUCGCUCAAGACAACUCUGCAAUUAUCUUUCUGAAAUCUAUUUUUCUAACACUUCUUGCCC